AUGUUCGAUAUUCGAUCAAUAGUAUAUAAUUGAUCAACCGGACGUCUUCCCUUCUCCUCUUCAUUUCACACGUACAGACCAUAGAGAGAGAGAUGGAGACGAUAGGGCACAAGACGGUGAAGGUGAACGGAAUAAGCAUGCACGUGGCGGAGAAGGGGGAGGGCCCAGUCGUCCUCCUCCUCCACGGCUUCCCCGAGCUCUGGUACACGUGGCGCCACCAGAUCCUCGCCCUCUCCUCCCUCGGCUACCGCGCCGUCGCCCCCGACCUCCGCGGCUACGGCGACUCCGAAGCCCCUCCCUCCCCCGCCUCCUACACGUCCCUCAGCAUCGUCGGCGACCUAGUCGCCCUCCUCGACGCCCUCGUCGGCCCCGGGGAGCAGGCCUUCGUCGUGGGCCACGACUGGGGCGCCAUCAUCGCCUGGUACCUCUCCCUCUACCGCCCCGACCGGGUCAGGGCCCUCAUCAACCUGAGCGUCCCGUUCACCCCUCGGAACCCCGCCCGGAAGCCCAUCGACACCUUCCGGGCCGUCUACGGCGACAAUUACUACAUUUGCCGCUUUCAGCUAACAAGACAACAGUCGACGACUAGUCCCGAGCAUGUGUCGUCGUCGAUGCCGUCGUCCGAUGCACCGCAUGGACAUUUAUCGAUUAAUUCAGCUGUGCAGUGGCUUAAGGGGAAAAUAUGGCCCAAGUGGUUUUCUAAUCAUCGUCAUGACUCUUCAUUUUCCAUGGAAAAUGGAGAAAUGGAAGCAGAGUUUGCCAAGAUAGGUACAAGGAGAGUCCUCUUAGAAUUCCUAACGUACCGAACGCCGGGCCCUCUCUUUCUGACCAAAGGGAAUUUGUUCGGCCACCCGACAGACACCCCGGUCGAGCUGCCCUCUUGGCUUACAGAAGAAGACGUCGAUUACUACGCCUCCAAGUAUGAGAAGACGGGAUUCACCAGAGGAUUCAACUACUACCGAGCCCUGGACCUGAAUUGGGAACUGACAGCUCCAUGGACAGGGGCACAGAUAAAGGUGCCUGCAAAGUUCAUAGUCGGAGACCUCGACCUGACCUACAACACUUUCGGCACCAAGGACUACCUUAAGAAGGGAGGGAUGAACAAGUUUGUCCCACUUCUGCAGGAAGUUGUUGUCAUGGAAGGUGUGGCGCACUUCAUCCACGAGGAAAGGCCCGACGAGAUCAAUGCCCAGAUCCACGACUUCUUCCAGAAGUUCUGAUGGCCCUUGCUUCACCGGUGCAGUGCAAAGGCAAGGAGCCAUAGCUAUGGAAUUAGUACUGUGUAUGUUGCUCCAUUGUGUUUGCGAAGCUUGUGAUUUCGUGUUAAAUAAAACAAAGUAACAAACAGCACGUCUGUGGAGAUGAGCAUGCCUCUAAUUCGAAAUAUAUCAGAGCGUCAUCUGCUGUUUCCUUUA